AUGUUCAAUGAUGAGCGUGCAAGCUGGAAGAUUGCCGCUAGGCUGCAAAAGAAGUCUUUGUUGAUUGCGGUCAAUUGCCUGGCCGGUCUUGCAAUCUUCUUUUUCGGCUAUGACCAAGGUAUGAUGGGAGGAGUCAAUGACUCAAAGGCCUAUGUGGAAAGGAUGGGGCUGGGAUACGAAAGAAAGGGCACAAUCACGGUCACAAACACACUUUUGCAAGGAGGAAUUGUCUCGGUGUAUUAUCUGGGGACCUUGAUUGGAUGCUUCAUGGGUGGCUAUGUCAGUGAUCGAUGGGGCCGCAUCAAUGCCUUUGCAUUUGGUGCUGCCUGGGGUCUACUGGGAGCAGCGCUUCAAUGUACAGCGAUGAGCCCGACGUGGAUGAUAGUCUCUCGUCUCAUCAACGGCAUCGGCACUGGUAUCCUGAAUGCGACCGUGCCAGUAUAUGGCUCUGAGCUUGCUGACUAUGAGUCUCGUGGAAUGUUCAUCGCCAUGGAGUUCACACUGAAUAUCGUCGGCGUCGUGGUGGCUUAUUGGUUAGGCUUCGGCCUGAGCUACAUCGAAAACGGUACCUCCGACUUCCAAUGGAGAUUCCCAAUUGCCUUCCAGAUUAUAAUGCUGCUUUUGCUCAUUGUCGGCUGCUGGUUCUUCCCCGAAUCGCCUCGGUGGCUCAGCAUGAUGGGCCGCAAUGAGGAGGCGAUGUAUGUCCUCAAACGUUUGCGCGGAACCGAGAACGAACGCGCGGCUAUCUUGGAAAUGAGAGAGAUCGAAGCCACCGUCGAGCUUGAAGCAGAGUCUGAAGAGAAAAUCACUUACUUUCACAUGCUCUUUGGAAUUGGACAAGAAAACUUGCAUAUUGCGCGACGUGUGCAGCUGGUGAUCUGGCUACAGAUUCUCCAAUGCUGGUCAGGAAUUGCUGGCAUCACCAUGUAUGCACCAACUAUCUUCAAGAUCGCCGGAUUUGCCGCACAAAAAACAAUGUGGAUCUCAGGAUUGAACAACAUCUUUUACGCAUUCGCAACUCUCAUUUGUGUCUUCACAAUCGAUCGGUUCGGACGCCGCUGGACUCUCUGGUGGGGAGCAGCAGGGCAGGCAGUUGCCAUGUUCCUUGCAGGUGGUAUGGCCCGCGGUGGAAUCAAUAACCCAGACAGCCAGGGAUCCUGGGGUAUAGCGGCAACAGCCAUGGUCUAUCUGUAUACAUUUGUGUUCGGUGCUACCUGGCUUACCGUGCCAUGGCUGUACCCAGCGGAGAUUUUCCCGCUUAAGAUUCGCGCCAAAGGCAAUGCUUGGGGCGUUGUUGGAUGGAGUCUGGGCAAUGGGUAUGUUCUCCCAGCUUUUUCUGCUUCUGAUCGGACAGCAUUGACAUCGAUCAGAUCAUUAACCCUUGCCCUUCCAUACGUUUUUGCCGCCAUUGGGGAGAACACUCUCCACGUGUUCGGCGCUGUCAAUCUUCUUAGCAUCCCAAUUGUAUGGGCUUUCUACCCUGAAUCGAGUCAGCGUACACUGGAGGAGAUUGAUAUGCUCUUUGCUGCCAAGUCUCCCUUUGUCUGGGCAGCCGAGUCGAAGUUCAAGACCCUCAUGGCAGAGAACCCUGAGAUUGGCCAAGCUCAUCAACGUCAUGGCAACGUGGAUGUAGAGAAAGACUCACUUGCUGUUGGUACAAUACACGAGGAGACGGUCUCUCGCGAUUGA